GGGGCACCCUCCUGUGCGGAGUCCGCGGGGGACGCUGCGGAGCCCUUGGGUCCCGCGGGCUCUCUCUGGCGGCCCUGUCCAGCGCGGCUGCCGCGCUCCACCCCAGAGGUGGCUGCAUGGGCAGAAGCCCUGGCCGCGGGGAGGGCGCAGCGGGCCGAGGCUGGGUACAGGGCGGUCCCCGCUGGACUCUCCUUAGGUCGGGGGAGGGGGCCUCUGGAUUGACCCCGUGUCCGAUGGGGGGGCUGGUUAUGGGGCAAAUGUCUGCUCCCAGCAGCCCAGCCCAGCCCCCCGGAGAGCGCCACGGCCUGGUCUCCAGGGCGCUGGGCUGUCGCUUCGCUGGGCCCCGAUCCCGGCCGGGGCCCCCCCCCCGGGCUGUCGCACCUCAUUGCGGUGAGGUGGCAGGUGGGUUCCCCUCCCCCCUGUUGGGGCUGAGUUUGUGGAGAUGUAGCUGAGGGGGGAUGCAGGGAACUGUGCCAGGGAGCUGUCCCCUGUCCGGGUCACCCCCUGCACUUGUGCUCUCUUCAGGUAUCCCUACAGGGCGGGUCUGGUGGGAUCCCCUUUGCACCUUCCCACUCGUGUGGGGCUGGGGCAUGGCUAACGUGCCAGGGCUGGUGUUCGGUGCCGCAGGGUCUGUUUGGGCGGCCCCUGGGCUGGUCCCUCUGAGCUGUGCCAGGGCCGCUGUGGGACUGAGUUGUUGCUUUGUAGGUGUUUGCCCUGGUCUCCCCAGGGUGGGCUGGGUGCCCCCUGCUGCCCCUGGCACUCUGCAGCCCCUGGCCCUGCAGGCUUGUUGGCACUUGUUUGCCCUUGGGCAGCAUCCGCCACACGUGAUGUUUAUUUCAUGCUGGGCCCACCAGCUCCUGGGGGGGGGUAUAAAUAGGGGCUGACGCUGGCCAGGGCUGGGACAGGUGCACGGCUCUCCAGGGCAGCAAGGCACGGCCGGAAUGCCAGCCGCAGCCAGCGGGACGCCUGGGCAGCAGUGACGGGAGAUGGCAGAGCAGGAACUAGACACCCCCCUUCCCCUGGGCGUAUGGGGCCCAGCCAGUGCCACCUGGGCUGGGGAGGCCGAGCCAGCCAGGGAGAGAGUGAUCCAGGGAGAGCCGUGCACAGCACAGGGCCAGGCCUGCCAAGGGCCCAACCUGGAAAUGUCCUGUUCCCACUCCCACUUGGCAGAGCUAGGAGUGACAGGGUUCAUGGGGAGCUGGGCAGAGCACUUCCAGCCUCCUUCCCAGCGCCCAGCUCUGCCACUGACCCGCCAUGACCCCGGGCAGGUCCCUCCCCUGCUCCGUGUCUGUUUCCCAGCUGUAGAGAUGGCCUGGCCUCGCAACACCCCCAGAGUUUUAAUUCAUGUUCCGUGCCCCCUGAGCCAGCCAGUCUCCAUCCUGGGGCCAGAUGGGAGUCAGCACCCCCCAGAGGGGAAAGGCCCCGCAUCCCAUUCCCCACCCCCCUGAGUCAGCCAGUUCAAGCCCUGGGGCUGGAGCCGGUGCCCCCCCAGAGGGGAAAGGCCCCAUGUCCCAUUCCCCACCCACCCUAGGGCCGAAUGAGAGAUACUACCCCCGGACGGGAAAGCCCCUGUCUCCCAUUCCCUGUCCCCUGAGCCAGCCAGUCCCCACCCUGGGUUUAGAUGGGAGCCAGUGCCCCCUAGGCGGUAAAAGUCCCAGGUCCCAUUCCCUGCCCCCAGGAGCCAGCCAGCCCCUGCCCUGGGGGUGGAUCGGAGCUGGUGCCCCCCAGAGGGGAAAGCCCCCAUGUCCCAUGGGGAUGCUCCAUCUCCUACAUUUCAUGCCCUGGCUGCACCCUCUACCUUUCCUGCCCCUCCUUCUCCCCAGGUAAGUGGCGACAGGUAUGAGGGGAAGGUGCGGGCCUUCGAGGUGCUGGCGAGGGGAGCAGCGGAGGAGCCCGAGGGCUGGCGGCAUGGCGUGGCCAGGGUCCGGGAUGCCGUCAGCGAGGAGAAGCAGAAGUUGAAGGAAGAGAGGAGGAAGAAGCUUGAGACGUUCGAUAGCACCCGUGUGCGGCUGGAGAGUCUCCAAGACCUGGAGGUGAUCGUGAGGCUGCGGAAGCACAAGAGGAGCCGGAAGAGGGUCCGCCCCAAGGAGCCCGAGCCGGCUGUGCCGGCCGAGCCUGUGGACGCUGCCCGGUUCCUGCAGGCGGUGCAGGAGAACCAGGUUCCCAUGAUUGACAAGUACCUGGCAGACGGUGGGGACCCCGAUGCUCACGACCAGUUCAGGUGCACGGCGCUGCACUGGGCCUGCCUCCGGGGCCAUGCAGAGAUCGUGGACAAGCUGCUGGCGGCUGGAGCCAAGCUGGAGCCCAGGGACAUGCUGGAGGCCACGCCUAUGCUCUGGGCCUGCCGCGGGGGGCACCUGGACAUUCUCCAACGCCUGCUGGACAGAGGAGCCAAGAUCUCCACGCGGGACAAGCUGAGGAGCACGGCGCUGCACGUGGCUGUCCGGACAGGGCACUGUGACUGCGCCGAGCACCUGAUCGCCUGUGGGGCCGAGAUUGAUGCACAGGACAAGGAGGGGGACACGCCCAUUCACGACGCCAUCCGGCUGGGCCGCUUCAAGGCUGUGAAGACCCUGCUGAUGUAUGGUGCCAACCUCAGCGUCCGGAACCAGGAAGCCCUGCGACCCGUGGACCUGGUGAAGGACUGGCAGAGGGGCAUCCGGCAAACCUUGCAGGCGUGUGCCGACCAGCAGCGCCCCCCUCGGCCGCACUGACGCAGCAGGACCAGUGUUCAAUCCCCUCCCCCACUACUGACCACUGAGGGGGUCUGGGCCCUGCCAUGAGCCACCUCAGUGCCCUCUGCAGGCCGUGCUCAUCCCUACACGGCUCCCAUGUCUGGCCAGGGGAUAGGGCCACCCGUCUCUGGAGGGCUCGGGGCGGGGGAGGGUGGUGAGGUUUGAGCCGGACGCUCCCCUAUUCCUGGUUGUAUGGGGAUGUGUCCCUUUCCCUGGAGCUGCCCCAUGGCCAGGUGAGGCCCUUGCCAUCCCUUGGGGAAACUGAGGCAUGGAGGGGCUAAGACUUGCCCAUGGCCACACAGCCAGUUAGUGGGAGAGCUGGAGAUGAACCCAGGAGUCCUGCUGUUUUGCCCAGCCCCACUCCAACCACUAGGAGGCACCAUCUCCCCAUGGCCCGCACCACAAGGAGAGGAACUGCCCUGGGGGUCUGAGCGGACCCCCUCCCCCUUCUGGGCCCUGGCCUGGCCCCCUCCUGCUUCUGGGCAGGCAAGCCCUGCGGCCUUCCCGAGGCCAUGCUGGAAGGAACACUGCUGCCCCCCAGGGGUAGGCACCUGUUGCACCCCAGGGUUAGCUGGGAGGGGCUGACUGCAGGGAGAGGCUGAGCCAGCCCUGGGGGUAGAAAAUGGGGCAGUGAGACGGGUCAGCAGGGCCCAGGCCAGCGCAAGUUCCUGGCUGCUGGAGGCAGGCGGCUUUCCUGGCCUGGCCUCGGCCGUCUCACGGUCACUCUGUGCCCUGGGCUGCCCCCUAAGGGUGUGCAGGCCUGGCCCCCAACCCCCUGGCUGGCAGGGCCUGGUGCCUGAGGGACUCCUGCUGCUGCUCCCCCCCAGCCCCUCACCUCUGCCCAUAGCCAAGGGGGCAGCUGCACCCAGCCUCCUGUAGCUGUGAGCGCAGCCCCUGCCUUACCCUUGGCCUCCAGCAGCCUGGCUGUGCCAGCUCCCAGCCAUAUGUGUCCCCUGGGCUCAGGCUCCAGGCAGUGGGUAACAGCAGCAGGGUAGGAGAUGGCUAACAGCUGGGGGGAGAGGUGCCCUCUCACAGCCUGGCACAGGACAGGCACAGCCCCCUCUGUUCCCCCAGUCCCCGGGAGCGCCGCUGGCCCGGGAGGAGGUGAGCUGGUUGAGCCACCUGUGGGGAUAGGGAGACUAGAGCCCAAGGAACAGGGGACCCUCCAGCCAGUUAGCCUGGAGCCAGCCAGCACCCACCGGCAACACACCGAGUCUGCCCUGACCCCAGCCUGGUUCUGGCUCUUCCCUAAGUCCUAGGGGGAAGUGCCCAGGCUGAGAGGGACAUGGUCCUGCUUCUCUGCUGCUGGCCUUGGGUGAGUCCUGUCCCCUGCCUCAGUUUCCCUAUGUGUAAAAUGGGGCUAACAGUGAAUGGAGCCAGCUUCUGAGUUCAUGCCCAGCCCAUUAGGCAGCUCUCGGAGCCGCAGGCUGCCACCUCAGCACUGCAGGUCAGGCUGAGACCACGUGGGUUGCAAUGGACAUAUUUAAUGUGCCCAGGAAGCUGCUGCGGCUGGAGUAUGGCCCCUGGGCCCCCUCUUACACACGCUGGCACGGGCAGCACUUCUCCCCUGCCAGAACUGCUACCUGGGUGCUAAUGGAGCUGGAUGGACCCACGCUCUGGGGUAGCCGGCCUAGGAGAGUGCCUGCAACGCUGGCAUAGCGCAGACUUGGUAC